GCAAUGUUAACGCUCUCAGCGCGCUUGCCAGCGCGUCUCCUGCCAAUUGUUUGCUUCCUCGUCCACGAGUUCACUUGUUCAGACGCGUAGCUAUGCGACACAGCCAAAAAAGGGCAAAUCGUGAAGCAGGCUUGUAAGUCCGCGUCCAAGUUCAAUUUAUUCCUGCUUGAAAUGGAUGUGUGCUGCAGCGCAGGGAUUCAAGGGAAAGAAGAACACUCUCGCUGGUCAAACGGAACCUGCGAAGAAGGACAAGAAAAUGAUGGCCUUCCAACCGCUGCCCGUCUCGCAACUUCCGCACCCACUAUUUGAGAGUGACCGCCCCGAUACCCUCGCCUUGCAGUCAUUUCAUCCCGAAAUGCUUACAAGGGUCGCCGAGUCUCAACCACUCAAAUUCCCCCAUAAUGACAAUGAUCCAUUCCGUAUAUUUGGGUUACCAAGGAAUAUACUUGUCGAGUUCCGCCUACUGUCCAAGCCCUGCUCUGUGAUACGUUCCGUUACGAUCGAUGCGAUUAACAAGUUAGACGCAGCAAGUGAGAAGAACAGCAAGGAAUCCAGGGUUGUUUUUACCGGACCCCAGGGCUGUGGAAAGAGCUUCCUCCUCCUGCAAGCCUUACAAUAUUGCAAUGCCCGCGAUUGGCUAGUUCUUUACAUUCCUCGAGCAACUAAUCUUGUGAAUUCUACCACCGCCCACGCCUACGACAUGCGAACUCGGACAUACCUUCAGCCAAUUUUUGCUUACCAAACUCUUCAGCGGUUCCUCAAGGUUAAUGCCCCACGGCUUGAACAGCUGCGUACCCAGACCGAGAUAGAGAUUGAACGUCGCCCACCAGUGCCUCCUGGCACGCCCCUCGUGGAGCUCAUUAAUAUUGGCCUCAAGGAUCAGGGUCUUGCUCCAACUGUGCUUGAUGCCGUGCUAGAAGAAAUUGGGAAGCAGACAAUGUUCCCGGUGCUUCUUGCGAUUGACGACUUCCAGGCGCUAUAUUGCAAGUCGCACUAUCGUGACCAACAUUUUUCGGCUAUCAAAUCGUACCAUCUUUCAAUGCCACGCCUCCUGCUCGAGUACGCAUCGGGACAGAAGUCAUUUGUUCGCGGUGCAGUCUUUGGCGCGCUCUCCAUGAGUAACACAACAUUCCCGCUACCUCUGGAGCUCCGUGAGGCGCUUUCUCUCGAGUAUGACCGUCCGUAUGGGUCAUACGUCAAGCGCCAGCCGGAGCUCGUAGAGUACGCUCACGGCCUAGAGAAGCUGGUAGUUCCCAGCAGCCUCAGCGUGCCCGAAGCAGCAUCGGUUUUCGAGGUGUGGAUGAAAGAUCGGGCAGUGCCUUCGAAACCCAACGAUGAAUUGUUCCUGGCAAAGUAUAGCGAGGCUAGCGGGAAUGCAAGAGCGUUUGUCUGGAAGGGACUUUUGUCGUCCAUAUCCGUAUAGACAGGCAUUGUGGAGCAAGAUUUCGAUAUUGUAUGGGGCCGCGCGGUUGAUGGUCCGAUGUCGUAUAUCAGAUUCAUUGGGGUAUCAUUAUUCCGCCUAGGGCCUUGUUACAUGAAGGCAUGAUUGGAGAACCUACCAUACGCGAUUUUAGUGUGGCUAUCCCGGUCCGUUAACCCUGAACUUAAGUUAAAAGACUACGCCUCUUGUUGCGCUAACUAUAUAUUGAGUGGUAGGAAAUAUGCAGUUGUAUGGCGGGCCUUAAACGUUGACACUUGCUUUAAGUUCGCUCCCUCGGGGCAAAGGGUUUUCGGCGAGUUACAUACUAACUCGGGAAGCACUGAUUAUGGCUUGCUGCCUCUUCAUUAAUUUUUGACUAAUCCUGCGAUGCUCGCAACUCUGUUGAGCUUGCGCAAAUGUACGUACUUACCUCGGAGCAUCUUCCCGUG